AUGUCAUAUCGUGGUUCAAAGUCCGGUACCGGUAAAAUGGGCAAACGACCGAAAAACACCAAAAGUGAUAUAGGUGAUGAAAGCGUGAAAACUGGGGAUAACGGUAGUGAUGAUGUGGUAGUGGUAGAUCAGUUGGGAAAGACUAUCGAAGGACUAUCCUGUAAGAGCUGCGGAGAACUGGAUACAGAUGAAAUGGUGCAAUGUGACCAGUGCGAUGGAUGGCAUCACUAUGAUUGCGUUGGAGUUACGGAUGAAGUUGUUAACCAGAGCUGGAGUUGUACUAACUGCAAGACCGCGAAAUGGACUCAGCGAACUACGACAACUACAUACAAGGAUUCCACGCGUCAAGAUGCUCAAGAGGGGUAUAGUUUCAGGCGCCGUUCGUCUGUGAGUGAACUCCCGACAGCUAAGGAGGUAUGUGCAAAAACCGAUACACUCAAGUCUACUCAUUCCGAGAAAACAGGGAAUUAUGUCACAGCGCCAAGAUUGCUGAAGCAACUGCCGAAGUCAGCAUCGUUGAAGCCAUCGGGGAAAUUAGCUCAUUUGUUGAAUUCUCGAAUUGACUCAAGGAAGGAAAAGCUUUUCGUGCCAUCAACGGAUGGAUUGCCAGAGAUCGAACUGGAGAACGCUUCUUCUGGUCCCUCUUGUUCAUCAUCGCAGAGAUCCGCUAGGAAUCGCGCCAAGUUGCAGUUAUUAAAAUUGCAAGGAGAAAGAGAAUACGAUGAGCAGAUGGCUGACCGGCGACGGGCAGCUGAAAAAGAGGAAGCAGAAAAGCACAAAGCGUUCCUAGCACAGAAGUAUAAGAUCCUGGAGGAUCUGGCGAGUGAAAGGGGAUCGAGUCGUAGUUCGAGUUCUAGCCUCGCCAAAAGCCGGGUUGAUGAGUGGGUGCUCACUGCAAGACGGACGCAGUUGGAAAAUGAACGAGCAUUUCGGCAACAUCAACAGCAUCAGCGAGCAGAUCUGCAGCGAGAGGAGAGACUACUACGACCACGACAAGAGCAGUUACAAACCAAGCAAUCGAACCAUAUCAGCUUUGAAGCACUUCCUAGACCCAAGCAAACGAUGCCCCCCAAUUCUGAGUUCUGCAUUCCUGGAAAUAUACCCCAGUCAACACAAGUUCAGUACGAGGACAACUUACGUAGGCAAGUGGGCGAUACAGACCGACGCACCCACGCAGUGCCAUUCGGACGAUCUCAUCAGCCUUUGAUAAACUCAACGAUUGUUGAAGACGACUUCGACCAGUUCCAGUUUUCACGGUCCCAAAUCGCAGCACGACAAUCUGUGUCCAAGGAUCUGCCCAUAUUCUCCGGCAACCCGGAAGAUUGGCCCAUCUUCCUAUCCAUGUUCAAUAGCACGACAGCAAUGUGUGGGUUCACAGAAGAUGAAAACCUUGUACGGCUGCAAAGAAGUUUAAAGGGGAGAGCUUAUGAAGCUGUCAAGUGCAGGUUAAUGCAUCCUGGCAACGUACGUGGUGUGAUGGACACUCUGAGAAUGCUGUACGGUCAACCGGAAGUAAUAGUGCAUUCGUUAAUUGCGAAAAUAAGCUCGCUACCUGCAAUUCGGGAGGAUAGACUGGAAACAUUGGUGGACUUCGCCGUAAAUGUGCAAAACUUUUGUGCAACUGUUGAGUCAUGUGGACUGGAGGAGUACAUGUAUAACAUCACUUUAUUACACCAACUCGUCAGUAAACUGCCACCGACAGUGAAGCUAAAUUGGGCACAACACCGAAGAGAGCUUCUGACAGUUAAUUUGGCAACUUUCAGUGCAUGGAUUUACUCUCUAGCAGAAGCAGCAAGUUCCGUCACAUUCCCUACGAUCCCACUGGAUACGAAACCAGUUUCCAACGAUGUCUGCCGGACCAAGAAAGGAAACAUCUACCUCAACGCCCACUCGGAAACUACCGUCGAAUACAGGACUAAAUCGAAUUAUUGUCCGAGGUCAUCAGAGGAAGCCGCGCUGGCGUCAGUUGACACGUGCCCAGUAUGCAAGGAAGGUUGCAAAUCUGUGGAUAGGUGCAAAAGGUUCCUGGAACUGUCGAGAGACUCUAGAUGGGCUGUAGUCCGAGAGUUUGGGUUGUGCCGAACGUGUCUUCGCCAACACAAGGGAAAUUGCAGGGCCAAACCAUGUGGGAAACAUGGAUGUGAAUAUAGACAUCACGAACUACUGCAUAAUGACCAGAAAGAGAAGUACCAUACCGACACCCCGCACGGAGAUCAACAACCGUCUCAACCUGAAGCUGCCAGCUCCGGCCAUGGCUGCCACACUCAUCAGACGACAUCAAGCUCUGUUCUGUUUCGGUAUCUUCCAGUUAUACUCUUUGGUCGAGAAAAAGUAGUACACACAUAUGCUUUCCUGGACGAGGGUUCAGCGCUAACUCUAGUCGAUCAAGAUUUAGCUGACGAGCUACAGUUAGAUGGGACGCUGAGUCCGCUAUGUCUUCGUUGGACGGGGGGAAAUCAACGCUACGAGAAGCAGUCCCGAAUUGUCAAGCUUCACAUAAGUGAGAAACACAAUGAAGCUAGAAAGUUUCAAUUAGAAGAUGUGCGAACGGUGAAUGAACUUAUGCUACCCCUCCAAACUUUGGAUAUCGAUGAACUUGUAGAUUUGUAUCCUCAUCUCAAGGGGUUACCUAUCGAGUCAUACCAUGACGCGCGACCUCGUAUUCUGAUCGGAAUGAAGCACGCUCAGUUGGGGUUAACUUUGAAUAGUAGAGAAGGUGAAUUUGGUCAACCAAUUGCCAUGAAGACACGACUUGGCUGGACUGUUUGUGGAGGAAUGCGUGCCGGAGAGACGUUAAACAUGCAUCAUUACAUUUUCCACGUCUGUGCAUGUGACGAACAAAUCGACGAAGACUUGCAUAAAACGAUGAAGGAAUACUUCUCUUUAGACAGCCUUGGGGUGACCCAGCCAAACAAGCUGCCUUUAUCUUCUGAAGACGGACGAGCACAAUCACUAUUGGUGUCGCUUACGCACUUCAACGGUGAACGCUACGAAACAGGUCUGCUCUGGCGAUACAAAGACGUUCGUCUGCCCGAUAGCCGUGAUAUGGCUCUACGGCGCCAUGAAUGCUUGGAGCAUCGUAUGGCGAAGAACCAACAGCUGGCAGAAGUGCUACAGGAGAAGAUUGCCGAUUAUGCCGCAAAAGGCUAUAUUCGCAGGCUUUCCGACGACGAGGUUAAGCAGCAGUCCGCGCAGACAUGGUUCCUACCAGUAUUCCCAGUAAUUAAUCCGAACAAACCCGGAAAGGUUAGAAUAGUGUGGAAUGCAGCAGCCAAAGCUCACGGAAAAUCCUUGAAUUCUGCAUUAUUGAAAGGCCCGGAUUUGCUAUGCUCUCUUCUGACCAUUCUGCUACGAUUUCGUCUGCAUCCUGUUGCAGUAACUGGAGAUAUAUGUGAAAUGUUCCACCAGGUACUGAUUCGUGAAGAAGACCAGCGAUACCAAUGCUUCUUUUGGACGGAUGAAAAUAACAAACUCGUGGUUUAUGCUAUGAGAGUCAUGACCUUCGGGGCAUGCUGCUCUCCGAGUACCGCUCAGUACGUAAAGAACGUUAACGCAGAACGAUUCAAGAUGGACUACCCAGAAGCAUACGAAGCCAUUACGAAGUCGCACUAUGUCGACGACAUGCUGAUCAGCGUUGGUUCCGAGGAUGAAGCAAUUCAAUUAGCAAAAGACGUGAGGCACGUGCACGCCCAAGGUGGAUUUCAUAUUAGAAAUUGGAUAAGCAAUUCCAGAGUAGUCACUUCAGCGUUGCAAGAAACAAACACGGAAGAAAAGAGUCUCGAUCUAUCAUCGGGAUUGUCCACGGAAAAGGUAUUGGGUAUGUGGUGGAAUACAUACCUCGAUGUUUUCACCUACAAGGUCGGCUGGAACCGGUACGCCGAAACAUUGCUGAAAGGUGGAAGACGUCCUACGAAACGAGAGGUUCUACGAGUCCUGAUGACUAUAUAUGAUCCACUUGGACUAAUCGCACACUUCCUAGUAUAUCUGAAGGUUCUGUUACAAGAUAUAUGGCGAUCUGGUGUAGCCUGGGACGAGGAGAUAAACGAGGAUGCGUUCGAUAAAUGGCUAUCGUGGAUAAAAGUCUUGCCGCAAGUCGAAAAUGUGAGAAUUACUCGAUGCUAUUGUCCCAGCUUUCCGAUUAGCGAAGCAGAUGAGGUGCAGCUACACACGUUCGUUGAUGCUGGAAAGGAUGGAAUGGCAGCCGUUUCGUUUCUACGAAUUGUCAAGAACGGGAAUAUCAGCUGCUCUCUCGUCGCUGCAAAAUCCAGAGUAGCACCAUUGAAACUAACAUCGAUUCCCCGACUUGAGUUACAAGCCGCAGUGAUUGGCGCACGACUCGCGCGUACUGUCGUUGAAACUUUAGGUAUGCGAUUAACAAAGAAAGUUUAUUGGUCUGACUUUAGAGACGUUCUAUGCUGGAUAAACUCGCAUCGUCGACAGGAUCAGUUCGUCGGAUUCAGAGUCGCUGAAAUUCUGGAAACUACGGAGGCACGAGAAUGGCGUUACGUACCCACAAAGCUAAAUGUUGCUGACGACGCUACGAAGUGGAGCACACUUCCAGAUCUAUCUGUCGAGAGCCGGUGGUUCAAUGGAUCGAAUUUCCUGUGGUCAACCGAGGACGAGUGGCCGCAGCUCACAAUCCAGGCCACAGAAACCGAUAUAAGACUUGAGGAAGGGCAUCUAACUCAUCACGUUCUCCCAGAACCAGUCAUUCACGUUGAGGACUACUCCAACUGGGUACGGCUUAGGAGAGUGGUCGCCUGGAUGCUACGAUUCAUAGCAAGCUGCCGGUUGAAGCUCCAAAAGAAGUUGUUCAGUACGGGAUCGCUUACCGAUGGCGAACUACACUUGGCCGAAACAUACCUGAUUCGUAGCGCCCAGCAAGAAUGUUUUUCUAAUGAAAUCCACAUUUUGCAAAAUACGCCAAGAAAGGUUGGAGAAUUUGUAACACCUCUGCCAAAAUCUAGUCCACUGUAUAAGCAAGCGCCGUGGUUGGAUGAAUGCGGCGUAAUCCGGAUGAGAACCCGUAUAGCCGCCUGUCAGUAUGCCACCGAAGGCGCCAAGCAACCCAUCAUCCUACCGAGAAAACAUCAUAUCACUACUCUUAUAAUAUCCCACUACCACAAUAAAUACCACCAUCAAAACCACGAAACAGUAAUAAACGAACGACGUCAGAUAUACCACAUUGGGCGCAUACGUUCGUGUUUCAAUCAAGUGCGUAGAGAUUGUCAAAGAUGCAAGAUUGCAAGCGCCGAACCAAACCCUCCAAUCAUGGCUGAUCUGCCUCCUGGUCGACUAGCGGCUUUCGAACGUCCGUUUACGCAUACUGGAGUCGACUACUUUGGUCCCAUCCAAGUAGCGGUCGGUAGACGAAUCGAGAAACGGUGGGGAAUGUUAGCAACCUGUUUGACUGUUCGAGCGAUACAUAUCGAAGUAGUGUAUUCGUUGACUACUAGCUCUUGCAUCAUGGCAAUCCGGAACUUCGUCGCUCGACGUGGUCAACCUCGUAAGUUCUACAGCGACCGUGGAACAAACUUCAUUGGCGCAGAACGAGAGCUGGAAAGACUCGGCGAAGCAGUCGAUCACAACGAGAUCAUAAAAGAGCUCACUUCUUCCGUAGGCGAAUGGACGUUUAAUCCUCCGCUAGCUCCACAUAUGGGAGGGAGCUGGGAACGGUUGAUACGAACCGUUAAGAAUAACCUGAUGGUGGUUUGCUCGACCAAGACUCCGUCCGACGAAGUUCUUCGCAAUCUGUUGACCGAAAUCGAGAACAUAGUGAAUUCUCGCCCGUUAACGCAUGUGCCGGUAGACGAUGACUCUGCUCCGGCUCUAACUCCGAACCAUUUUCUACUCGGUUCAUCCAACGGUACGAAGCCACUGGUCACUGCAGACGAUAGUGGGAUAGCUUUGAAGCAGAACUGGUGCACUUCGCAGAUCUUGGCAAACAUGUUCUGGAAACGGUGGGUGAGUGAUUAUUUGCCAGAAAUUACACGUAGGACAAAAUGGUUCAUGCCGGUGAAACCCAUCGUUGCUGGAGAUAUAGUACUUAUCGUCGACCCAAAGAUGCCCCGGAACUGUUGGCCAAAGGGAAUAGUCAUCAGUACUAUCAUCAGCCGCGACGAUCAGGUGCGGUCCGCAACCGUAAGAACGGCCACUGGUAUCUACGAACGCCCAGCAUCAAAGUUGGCAGUACUGGAUGUUCAGCGCGUCAAGCAGUAA